AUGAAAUGGGCAGAUAUGCUUUGUAACCCAAUUCAGCUGGUUAACUAUGGUUACUACAAUGAAUUGAAAAGAUUCUAUCUAACCGUUAGGAAUUUACACUCUUCCGUGCUAGCAUAUUGUACAGAGUUCAGCUAUGAGAACAGACACUUUAGACACUCGGAUCUAUUCUUCAUUAUGAAGCAUAUCAUUGUUAAACUCAAUGACCGAUCAUUCUUUGAGCGAGUAGUAGAAACACUAUCGUUUCUUAGUUACGAUUACAUCACGAUCAAGAAGAGUCAUUUCGAUUUCGGUGAACUGUUGGCGUUGGCAGCGGAAAACAAUAGAAAAGAAAUAGUAGAAUAUAUCAUCGAUUUAGCUAGAAAAAAGAAAAUAACUAUCGAUGAUAAAGAUUACUUGAAGGUAUUGUCGAGAUCACCGAAAUCAAAGAACUAUCAACUGUUUACAAUGUUGAGCGAGUUUGUUGAUAUAUCAUCGGUGUUACCAACAAAGAAAGCAAAGGCAAACAUACUAUUAGAGUGUUACAAGAAUGCUGUGCGUUCAGGCAGCAAAGAAUGUGUUCAGUGGUAUAUAGAUCAUUGUAAAUGGAAUGCAUUAAGUUGUCCAGUUGCUCAAGCAGAGCUAAUGGUUUGUGCAGAGCAAUCGAAUUCCCUAGAGAUGAUUAAAUGGUUACAUAAAACUAAGAAGUGUAAAUUCUUUCGAUUGAGAAGUCUAUGGCAUUUCUUUAGAGUGAAAAGAAUCGAUGUUAUCGAAUGGAUAUACAAUAGUGAAGUAGAGAGGUUGGAAAACAAGGAGUUUGAUCACGAUGCCAUUUUCAAUGACGACAAGAUGUGGGAAUCAGGACCAAAUCUAGAGAGGUUGGUUGACACUGGCUAUCUCGAAGGUUUAAAAUUCCUCUUUGAGAAAGGUGCACAACUUGGUGACAAGAUAUGGGAGAAUGUUAUCAGGAGUUCAGAUGUAGAAAUAGCUAAAUGGUUGUUGGAGAUAGGUCGACCAAUAGAUGUUAAUAAUCCAAUUGAUUUGGCAACGUCAACUGGUAAUUUCGGAAUGGUAAAGUGGUUGCAAUCGAUUCGACCAGAUGGCUGUGAAUCAGCAUUGGAACUAGCGAUUAGCGGUGAUUUCUUGGAGAUUGUCCAAUGGCUAUAUGAAAAUAGAACAGAGCGAUACCCGCUAGCUCUAGACUGUGCCGCUCAACACAACAACAUAGAGAUAGUUGAAUGGCUAAGAACGAACGAUGAUCAACUAUUGAAUCCAACAACAACCGCUAUUUCCAAAACAAUUCAAAACAGGUAUUUCGAUAUGGUUAAGUUUUUGUAUCUAAACUAUCCAGAGAGUUUCCAGCAGAUGACCGUCGAUGAAAUGAAUAGGGAUUUGAAAUUCUUGGCGUUAAACGAUCAGAUGGAUUUGUUUUUGAUCUUUAUAAAAAUGCUUGGAGAUAAAGCCAAUAUAGAGGAAGCAGUUAGGUAUGCAGUCAUCUUCCAUGGCUAUAAGAUUUCCUCUCUCUAUUUGGAUAUGAUACCUCCGUCGGUGCUAGCCUAUGAGUAUUGGAGAAAAGUCAUUUCCAUCGGUGAUCUAGAAACAUUGAAAUCCGCCACAGAGAAGCUUGGUAGACAUCAAUUAUUGCUUUCUAUCACCAGUUAUUUCAGAGAUAUCAAAAUAUGGGACUAUUUCAUUACCAAUCACGGAUUUAAAGCGUCACCAAUAUUCUCUUAUGAGAAAUGUGAACCUAUUGUAUAUCUUUUGUUCAAAAGUAGACAAUUCCACUUGAUUAUUCAUGUAUUGCAACACGUACCAGAUCAUAGGUCAUUCAAAAUCAAUGAACAAUUGGCAGAUUGUAAAUUAGGUAGACAUUCCAUUCCGAUAUUCAAACUAUUCACCACUCAUAGAGAAAGAGCAUUACAGCGUUUAAAAGAAGAAGCAUUUAUAAACAAUCAAAUAUAA